CGAUGCCGAGGGGCCCGGCUCGGCGGGGCGCGCCCGCGGGGCCAUGAGGGCGGGCUCCGGCCAUGGCCCAUGGCAGCGCGGCGGUCAUGCUGAAGUGCGUGGUGGUGGGGGACGGCGCCGUGGGCAAGACGUGCCUGCUGAUGAGCUACGCCAACGACGCCUUCCCCGAGGAGUACGUGCCCACCGUCUUCGACCACUACGCAGUCAGCGUUACCGUCGGGGGCAAGCAGUACCUGCUGGGGCUGUACGACACCGCCGGCCAGGAAGACUAUGAUCGUCUGAGACCUUUAUCUUACCCUAUGACCGAUGUCUUCCUUAUCUGCUUCUCAGUGGUAAACCCUGCUUCAUUUCAAAAUGUGAAAGAAGAGUGGGUACCGGAGUUGAAGGAAUAUGCACCUAAUGUUCCCUUUUUACUAGUAGGAACACAGAUUGAUCUCCGUGAUGACCCAAAAACUCUGGCAAGACUGAAUGAUAUGAAAGAGAAGCCCGUAUCUGUGGAGCAAGGACAGAAGUUAGCAAAAGAGAUAGGAGCCUACUGUUACGUGGAGUGUUCAGCUUUAACACAGAAAGGACUGAAGACUGUUUUUGAUGAAGCUAUUAUAGCCAUUCUAACUCCAAAGAAACACACAGUGAAGAAGAGAAUAGGCUCAAGAUGCAUAAACUGCUGUUUGAUCACGUGAGAGACAUUUGACAAUGGCCAGGCUUACUGUGAAAUUCUACUGAUUUUAAAUACAAUGCAUUAAGUACAUAGUGAAUUUGUUCCAGGUUUGAAAGUUAAACCUACAUUUCUGCCUUCUACAACCAGUGAAAUCCAGAGGAAUAAAAUCAAACUCAACAAACUUGUAAUAAGAAGCCACCACAUCUGUUACAAAUAUUUUAUUCAGACUGGAAGGUACAAUCUCUCAGGGUUACACAGUCUAGAGGAAGCAAAAACUGCACCAUGCUGAAACAGCAUCUAUGUGAUUUUACUGAGUGGAGAUGCUUGGCCUGAAAUACUUUAACUGAAUAUGGACAGUCUUCUGCUUUGACUAUAUAUAUAUAUAUAUCUUAAAAAACCCCAACUUUUGCACAGUCUGUAUGGAAUCUGCACAAAGAAAUACCUUGUCUCUUUUUGCUCCAGUUAUCUGCUUUUGUAUGUAAGCUGCUUCCGGUUCCAGUGUAUCCACAGAGGUGCAAUAAUCAGACCAGCCAUAUAGCCAAAGGUAGCUCCGAGGGAACAGGAAAUGGGCCAUACCUGUGGGGAGGAUGCAAGGUAAAAGCAGACAAUGAGGAAAAUGUCUGUGGUUUUUUGUACUUCAUGAGCACAAAGUCUAGGUACUGAAAGACAGUAGUCUUAUUCUACUUUAAAGCUUGAUGCGCUUUCCUAAAAAUGCCAAAAGCAUAACAAUCAUCUUCAUGAACACUAAAUGCUGUUGUACAGUUUUUAGUUAAUAUGCAUUAAAAUGUAAGCAGGCUUCUGGCUAUUGCAGACUUUAGUUUGCUAGUCCAAAAACUGUGUGGAUAAAAACACCCCUUAGAACUAUCUAUAUCCCCUGAAGCAUUCAGCUGACCUAACUUCCUACUCUGCUGUACACAGUUGGAUACCUACAGAUUUCUCAGCAAUUUCUCCUUUCAAUCUCUCAUGGUGUUCUGAAACUUUCAGGUAUGUAUAGAGGAAUUAGUAUUCAAAUAAGGCAAGAGACUGAGAUAGAUAGAAAUUUGGAAGCUGACUGAACAUCUAGCACCCAGAUCGUCAAACUUGUAGUAAGCCAGUUAUGUCAAAGAGAGCUUUAAUUAUAUGCUCUAUUUUCUAUUAUAAGAAGAGGAAGCUAACUCAAUAGAUCUCACUCUCUUGAACAAACCGUCUUGUAUUGAGCCGGCAUAGUAAUGGAAUUCUUCCCUGCUCUUUUUUUUUAAAAUUGGUGUUGAUUUGCAGGGCGUGGCCGAACCAAGACUUGUUUGUCAUCAGAUGUAGCUUAUAGUACCAGUCCAUUACAUACUGCAUUUGAUGAAAGUCUCAACUAAGGUGGUAAUUAAUUAAUUUAUUUUAGAAUAAAUACAAUUUCCAGGCCUCUUUAAAAUUUUCCUUUGGUUUUUUUUUUUGGUUUUUUUUUUGCAAGGACAAGUUUGCAGUUCCUACUGUACAGUGCAUAUUCGUAAAGCAAGUAUGGACUGGACUCUACUAUUAUUUUGUUUUUUAAAUUAAAGGGGAUAUUACCCCUCCCUCCCAUAGUAGUUGAGACUGAGAAAUGCACUAGACAAUAGAGGAAAUAUUCCAAUCUCCAGCCUUCUUUUUUACUUCACUUUGACUUGUAAUUCAUGAAUAUCAAAUGAACUUACUCUUAAUGGUACUGGUUCCUCCUUUCAUUCAUUUUCCUAGCUCUGAUUCUUCUCUUUACUUCAUUAUCACUUAAAAGAAUAUAUUUAUUCACAUCCUUUGAUCAUAGGAAUUUUAACUACGAGUAAGAGUAAUGUAUUUUGUCUUCUGCCCUUUCAUCUUCAAUCUCCUCAGUUGUUUCAUCUUCACAUUCCUUAGCACUUACAGCUUUAUAUGUUAUUUGGAGGUCUUAAGGAGUGUAGCAAAGAUGAUUAUUAAACAAGGUGCCUUAGGUACUCUUUAUUGACCUUGUUUCAUUCUUUCACUUUCAUACAUUCUGUCUCUGCUGCUUGUUUUUGUUGCUGAGUAUUUCAGCAGUUGCCUCUCAAGCCAAAGACUUGCUUGUUUUCAUUCAUUUACUGUGUAUAGUAGAUCAUCUAUAAAAAGCCUUGAGAGGCUUUGGCAUGGUAAGUACUACAUGUAUUUGAAACUCACAUAAGUUUGUGGCCUUGGCUAAACUUACACUUCAGGUGGAUCUUUUCAACUUUUAAACAAAAUGCAAUUAUUUCUAGCAUUUUGCAUAUUACACAUGUCUAAAGGACAAAACAAUAAAAAAGUCCCUGAAACCCUUCUGCUCACUCAGUAAUGUUCAGAUGGCAAGUCAUACUUUUUUAUCCACUGAUGAAGUCAAAUACCAAUAUUCAGAAAACUAUGGACAAAGGCUUCUUAACACAGUGGUGCUUUUACAUCAAAUUUGCUGAGUGAUCAAUGAUCAAUCCUUCAGUAAAUUUUUACCUACAUUAGGUGAAUUUGUAGUUGCCUAUUUGCUUUCCAGAACUAUAGGUAGAUUAUGGACUCUGAAUUGAUCAUAUUCCCCUAACUAGAGAGUGAAUAUCCCAGAUGACCCAAUGACCCUGUAUAUUGUGCUAUUUUGUGUAUAGUGGGUGAUUAUUGGUAUGAUUAAAAAGAUCUCUGAUGAUUGUUGUAGCCUCUUUCACCUGACUGAACUGCAACUUCGGACAUGUUUUUUCAAUAGCUAUGUCACUUCUAAUAUUAAUUAUGCCUCUGUCUGUUUUCUAAAAUGUUCAAUUUUUGCUUUGGUUUUUAGAAGUCAGUGUUACCUUACAUAAGUUUCAGGCUCUCUCUCUUAACAUUUGAAUCUGUGACCUCUGAACACUCAAAAAUGGCAGGUGGAAAAGAUAGGGAACACAGUGGAAGAAAACACAAAACAUGCCAUCUCCCCAUCUGUGAAUAAGACAGAAAGAGACACCACCUCAUCACUUGUAGUGGCAUGGAACAGAGGGGUACCAGGCCAGGCACUUAAUUCUUACUGUGCUGCUUGGACAGGCCUUAGUAGUUCUGAGGGCAGUUUGGCCUUUUGAGAACUCCCUAGCAGUUAAAAGCCAGGACUUAAAAGUGUUGCUGUCCUUCUGCCAUUUUCUCUAACCCUUAAGACCGGGCAAAAUCCCGUAACAAACAAGUAGUAACACCAGUUUUGCACCUUUUAUUCUUGACUGAUGGCUUUUAGGCUACAUAUAGCCCGAGGCACCCAUGGGUAUAUCUAAAGAAGCAAGUUAUCAAAGACAGAUUAAGAUAUGGCUCUUAAGCACAUCAGCUGUACUAAAAUAACACCACUUUCACAUGCUUUUGAUUGUCUACGAAAAUGGGUUGCUUCUUUCUGUAGAAGUGGGUUGCUUUAUUUUGUAUUAGCUGCUGGCCUCAUUUUUCUGAGACCCAAUCACUUUCUUCUGGACCUUUUUAAAUGACUUUGACUUACUCAAUUGGCCUGCUUUUGCCCCAUCUUUCAUAGUAUCUCAAACUUGCUUUAAAGUCCUUGACUUGGUAUGAACUGCCUGUAAGUGACAGAAAUCUAAGCAGCAAAUAUCUCUCUGCCUGUUUCAGAGAUUCCAUUCUGCUUGCUUAAAAUAUGCAACUUGUAAUACACCCCUCCCAUCCCCUGAGAACUUUUCAGCUCAGUUCCUCCUACACCGUGCUCCCUUCUGCCUUGAGGAAGCUGACAUAUCCUGCCCCAGUACUGAUGUCAUGUCUGGGCAGGGUCAGCAGCAGGGGAAUAAGAUGUUAGGCCACAUGGCCUAGCUGCACUUUUGCUGAGGGGAAAAAAGGCUGAUAAGGAGAGAAAAGUGUGGGGAGCGCAGGAGAUAGAACAGAAUAUUUUUCAUGAAACUGUCAUGAAAUGCCUUAUCUGUCUUAGCAGCUGGGAAGCAUCAGCUACCAUUCUCACAGCCUAACACAAGAAGAAUCAGUUUACACAUCAAAUGCAUGAUGAAAAGGGCAAUUGUAACAACCUGUAGAUGACUACUAGGAACCUGAACAGCAGCUUGGCAAAAACAAAUCUUAACAAGAACAAAAAAUGCAUUUUAAUGGACAGAGCAUGAGCCAGUGUUAAAUGCAAAAUGAUUCUGACUUCCACUAUUCAUUUAAAUUUUCUUUUAGCCUUUUCAUCUGGCAGCAGUGCUGGACUUCAGGAAUUUCUUUAGGCUAGCUUAACAGACACUGCAGAACUGCAAGGUUUUUAGUAUAUAUUAGAACUAAUUUUAAGAACAAUGACUCACAAUAGGAAUUGCCAACCUUUCAGGACACAAAUGAGCUAGCUUUCCUCAGUGCUCUUUAGAACACCUAAGAUUCUAAGACGUGAGAAUGCUUAGCAUAUUGCAUGGAAAGCAGAGCAUGUUGCAGGAUCCCAGCAAGGUAUCUAGCUCUGCUGUACUGUGCAUGUAGCUAGCUAAUCCAGAAUUCUGACUGCAUGACAGUUUUGUCAUCUAUUAUGAGUCUUGCAUCCCAUGCAAGGGAAUUACAUAGAUAUUGAUAAGGACAUAAGGGCCAGAUUCUUAUAGACCAGAGGAGCAACACAAAGUUUUAAAAAUAUUAUGAAGUAAGCAGCUGCCUGCUGGAACUUUCAUUACACAAAUGCAAAUACAGUGGGGCAAUCUACUGUACUUACUUUGCAGUAAACUUAAGAGUGUUUUUCUCAUAUCCCUAAACACGAUUUUUUGUAUGCUUACUGUUUCAAAAGACUGAUUUCUGACUGUCAAUUAGAAGGCUAUGUAAUAAUUUUUGUUUCAUUUUAAAACUGAAUAAAUGAGCACAAUUAUUUUCCCUCCCUGUUUCUAACAUGCCUUAAAUUCCUGAUUGUUUAGUCUGUACUGUCUUAAAAACUUCAGUACAUGCCUUUAAUCUAUUUUGGUUGCAUGCACAUAUUAACUACAAGUGUCUUAUCACAUUGUACAGAAUGUGUGUGCUGACAAGCACACACCAAGAAGAAAGUGUGAGGCUUUUUUCAGGCUGGCAUUUGUAACUAGAAGUUAUUUCAUGGAUUUGUGUUCUAAAGUUAUAGCAAGCAUAACAGCCUUUGAUCUCACCAUUAAGGUUUACAUUGAGAAAACACAUUAUUAAAUAAACAAUGAUAACCACACUAAAGUGGAAUAAGCUUCUACCUCUGUUUAAAACAACUCCAACUGCGUAUUAUCCCUUCUUCUCAUAUUAAGCAACUUCUCUUAUAACAAAACUUUCACAGUAGGUAGUAGAUCCAAAAAGGAAUACAAGAAGGAAUCUCUCUGAGCUGUGUUAAGAACCAAAGUAAAGUGAAAGUUUAUAGUCCCAUUCCAGCUUACUUGAGUAAGCACCAAGAACUGUACCCAAGAUUCUGUGGAUUAUUUUUCAGGCUACAAAUGUCUGAGAAGUAUCUAAGGCUAAUAUUUACAGUCAUAUUGGCUGAAUUACAUGGCAGUCAGUCAACUCAGGUGAGCUAUAUCAGCACUACUUAUUAUGCUUUCAGUAUCCACUAUGAAGUAGGAAUAUAGCAAUUUUUCUUCUACCUAAUGAUAACAUUGUAAGCAGAAUAUUGUUUCAAAGUCAUUUUUUACCACUAAUAACAGGUAUUACAGAUCAAAAUUAUGCUACCAAAAAACCCCGGAUGUAUGGGAGGGCAUGCACACAACAAACACAGAGACUAGAUUUAAAAGUCUGUUAUCAAAAUACGCAAUUAACCCAGGAAUUCCCCAAUGAGCUAAAUCCGGUCAAUGGCAAAUGCUGUGUCUGGAAUAAUAGUUCCACCACAUAUAAAGUGUGCUGAUAAAGCUGUGCUCUUCAACUAUACCAUGUUGUUCUGCAACUAGUUUCCUCAAGCUGAGUCGAGAAAGGAUGUGCCUAGUAACUCCUACAUCAUCCCCUUCUGUUUCAGUGGUGGUGUGUUCUAAGGUUCCACUUCUCAGUGACACACGCAGCCAGGAUCCUCAUCACAUGUGGUUAUUAAAAGCACACCAUCAGCUUGAAACAGGCAAUCUGGAAAAACUAAGCAACUGUAACAAAGGAAGUUAUUUUCUAUUUCUUUGUAGAACUGUCCUAGCUAACUGUAACCCUUACACACCCACUGUGCUUCAGCAGCCUAGAGGCAUCUGAGAUGGAUGUACAACUCUAAAUUGUCUAGAAUACCCUUAUUUAAAUAAUCACAACUAAGUGUUGCAAACUGUUUUAAAAAUUGCUGAAAAAUGUGAUAAUCUCAAAACACUGGCAAAAUUGGUCUUAACAGUCUAACUGAAACAUGCCUGGCAGAACAAGUCCUGGAAAGUUUGUUGUUUUGGUUUUUUUUUUUUUUUUGUUUUUGUUUUAAU